AUGAAUUUAGCUGCGGAGGAGUUUGGUUUAGAAGUAGGAAAAUUUUUCUUAAAGUCUCUUUACAAGAAUACCACCAUAACGUCCCUAUGUUUUUAUGGAAACAUCAUUGAUAGGGACGUUUCAAAUGAAAUAUAUAAUUUACUUCUUAAUAGAUGA